AUUGUAUUGAGCGGGGUGAUCAAGCGGAUAGCAUCAACUAGAAAUCAUGGAUGGCAGAAUAACUUUUUGCCUUAUCCUCUCUUCGCUGUUCCUUAUUGUCAAAUCAUGGCCCACGGAAGUACGACCCGUAGCUAAACAGGAACCAGGUGGUAAAAGACAAACUUGGUUUUAUCCCCCACCACCACCACCUCCUCCUCCUCCACCACCCCCACCUCCUGGCCCCCCGGGACAAGAUGGACCAAUGGGACCUGCAGGACUUCCCGGACCGGACGGACCUAAGGGCCCUCCAGGACCCCCGGGACUACCUGGACCACCUGGCAUACCUGGAUAUCCAGGGAACCCCGCGGGACCCCCAGGGAGAGAUGGACCUCCUGGACCUCCCGGACCAGCCGGUGGUCGAGGCCCGCCCGGAGACAUGGGGGCGAUGGGAGCCCCCGGUGGAGCAGGUGGCGCCGGACAGCACUUGGGGAAACGGAAGAGAGAAAUGACUGAGUGGGGCGAAAUCACAAGACUGUGAAGAAAAAUCACAAACUACCACCGAUAUUGAGAAAAUACGUACAGCUGGAGAACAUUGCUACGCUUUUGUUACGAUUUUCUUUCGCUCUGUUAGCUACCAGACUGGGAUUCCGGAAACCGUCUAGCUUUUUUGUAUGAGAAUCUCCACAUUUUGUAUUUUUAGGUUUGAAAUAAAUUUACAUGGUUUUCUAUCCACUCAUUAAUUUUUUCAAAUGAUUAUAAGUUAUCAUCAUGCCAUUUUCUAAGUUUUCCUCGUCCUCAAGCCUUGUGGCCAUUACUUUUUAUCUGUUGUUGAGUUUUUUCAGAAAAUGAGCCAUUUGAAAAUAUAUAACACCUGGUAUGUGUGUCAAGUUAUAUCACAACAGAAGGUUUCAAUAAAAUACAUCUUCCCUAAAUACA